AUGGGAGAAGAGAAAUACUUGCCUGAGCUGAUGGCAGAGAAGGAUAGCCUGGAUCCAUCUUUUGUGCACGCGUCGCGCCUUCUGGCGGAAGAAAUUGAGAAAUUUCAAGGUUCAGAUGGGAAAAAGGAAGACGAAGAAAAGAAAUAUCUCGAUGUCAUCAGCAACAAAAACAUAAAGCUCUCGGAAAGAGUAUUGAUUCCAGUGAAACAGUAUCCAAAGUUCAAUUUUGUGGGGAAAUUGCUUGGACCAAGAGGAAACUCCUUGAAGAGGCUACAAGAAGAAACGGGUGCUAAAAUGUCUAUCCUGGGCAAAGGAUCGAUGCGUGAUAAGGCAAAGGAAGAAGAGCUGAGGAAGAGCGGGGAGGCCAAGUAUGCCCACCUGUGUGACGAGCUGCACGUUUUAAUUGAAGUGUUUGCUCCACCCGGGGAAGCUUAUUCACGGAUGAGUCAUGCUUUGGAAGAGAUUAAAAAAUUCCUGGUUCCCGACUACAAUGAUGAAAUUCGUCAAGAGCAACUCCGGGAGUUGUCUUACUUGAAUGGCUCAGAAGAAUCUGGCCGGGGUCGAGGUAUUAGAGGCAGAGGAAUCAGAAUAACUCCCGCAGCUCCAUCAAGGGGCCGUGGGGGUGCUGUUCCACCACCACCACCACCUGGACGAGGUGUCCUUACCCCUCGAGGGACCACUGUGACCCGCGGAGCUCUUCCAGUGCCCCCAAUAGCAAGAGGUGUCCUGACACCGCGAGCCCGGGGGACAGCAGCAGUACCAGGAUACAGAGCUCCGCCACCUCCAGCUCCUGAGGCUUAUGAAGAAUAUGGGUACGAUGAUGGCUAUGGGGGUGAAUAUGAUGACCAGACCUAUGAAACGUAUGAUAAUAGCUACGUGACCCCAACACAAAGUGUGCCUGAAUACUAUGACUAUGGUCAUGGAGUGAAUGAGGAUGCUUAUGACAGCUACGCACCAGAAGAAUGGGCCACAACUCGCUCCAGCCUGAAGGCACCACCACCAAGGUCAGCCAGAGGGGGAUACAGGGAACACCCCUAUGGUAGAUAUUGA